AUGGCACGCCUGUCUUCCGUUCCCACCUCCCUCCUGCUGCUAGCUAGCCUCGCCGCCGCCGCCUCGGCAGCAGCCGCGGAUCAAGAGGAAGGAGGCAUCAGGAUCCGCGUGCGGUACCCAACCAAGGAGCAGUCGCAGUGGCUGGACCGCUGGGCGGAGAAGCACCAGGCUCAAGGGUCCGGUGGAGGCUUCAGGAUCCGGCCGGCCACCGACGAGGAGUCGGCGUUUCUGAACCGCAUGUCAGCCCGCGGUGCGGAGAAAACCGGCGUCGGAGCCGGCUACGACGGCCGCAUUGAGUUUGGCGACGAACAUCCAAGAAUCGUUGUGGAUGCCUUCCACUCUCGAGCUCACACGUCCAAGGCGAACAAUGAUCUUUAGGAGCAUUGGUGCAAGGAGUGGCUGUCGUGUAUCACUUGCCUGUUUUAGUAGCUUGUUUUUUUUGCUAAUCUGUUUUAGUAGCUUGUUAUGGCGUUGCGGCCAGUAGAGUUCGUCCUCGGAAAUAUUAUUGAAUUCAUCAUCUAGUAGUUGCAGUGAUUGUGGUUUAUUGUGCGGUGUGGCCUGUUCUCCAUUUGAGAUUGUGCUCGUUUGUUUCCUAA